UGGUGUAACAGGUGUUGGAUCUUCAAGUUGUUUAACAGUGAUAGUCGCGUGAAUUCCUAAACUUCGACGAUACUAUUUGACAAGAAAAACUGAUCAGUGCUUAUGAAUAUGCACUUCCUCCUUUUCUUCAUCUCCAUGGCCAUCACAGGUGCUGUGAGUGAGAUGGUGGAGGUGAAGCGCGGAGAGACCUUCCGACUAAACCUCAGCACUCCUCUGGAGAAUAUUAAAAAGCUGACAGUAAUGAAAGACGGAACUGAUGUCUUCCGUCACUGUUCAUCUGAAGAGAAAAGAGGUGGAUGUAAAGAUGUCAACGUUACCAGAUUUUCACUCGAGUCUGGAGAGAUCGACGUCUCUUUAACUUGUCCAGAUGCCGACAGAAGUGAUGAAGGGGCUUACGAAGUCGAGGUCAUUGAUCAAAACAACACCCCGAGAAGUCGCAUGUUUAACAUUACAAUUAUAGAGCGACUGGCCAGCAACUUUCACCCAACACCUCCAUUCAUCCAUUCAUCUCCUUCACCUGAUUUACGUAAAUUUGAGACCACCAUAGCAGUCACAAUAGGCGUCCCUGUAGGCACUGUAGUGCUCAUUCUAGUGAGCUCAUUCUUCAUCUACAAAAGAUGUAAAAAGGAUGAAGGAAAUCAUAACAAUCAUCAAGCAGAAAAUGAGGAUUGUGAGCUGGGGAUUCCUCUCCGCUCAGACACUAAUGCAGCACCUGAAACACCAGCUAUAUCCAUAAAGAUGGUGGAUGAUAAUAAUCGUUCAGAGAGGGACCUGAACCAUGGAGCCUGA